AAUGCAGCUUUAACACAUGAAGGUUGUGGGUUGUGUCUGUGACUUUCUUACCCUUUUCUACAACAUGACUCCUUCAGGUCAGUCCGAGUGCCCGGCCUACCCCACCGAGCUGGUGUUGGGUCUGGACAUGUCGGAGGACGUGACCCCGGCGGCUUUCGAGAGGCAGCGCUCCGUCCUCUUGUCCCUGCUGGAGGACGUCACCGUCUCAGAGAGCAACUGUCCGACGGGCGCUCGCGUGGCCGUGGUGGGUUACAGCGCCUACACCAAGUACCUGAUCCGCUUCCAGGACUACCACCGCAAGACUCAGCUGAUCGAGUCGGUGAAGAACAUCGCCCUGGAGAGGACGUCCAACCGGCGCCAGCUGGGGGCCGCCAUGCGCUUCGUGGGUCAGAACGUCUUCAAGCGCGUCCGAGCGGGAGUGAUGAUGAGGAAGGUGGCGGUCUUCCUCUCUAACGGGCCGUCACAGGACGUUAACAACAUCAUCACCGCCGUGAUGGAGUACCGGGCCCUCGGCAUCGUCCCGGCAGUCAUCUCUCUGAAGAACGCUCCGGCUGUCAGUCGAGCCCUGCAGGUUGAUGACUCAGGACGCUCCAUCUUCACCGUUCUGGGUAAAAACAUGGCUGCUGACCUGAAGAAGGUCCAGAGCUGUGCGGUCUGCUACGACCCCUGCCAGCGCUCGGGGCAGUGCGCCUUCAUCCAGGAACCGGUGCAGCCUCAGGAGGUGGACAUGGACUUGGUCAUGGUGGUGGACAGCUCCAGGGAGGUGCAGGCGGACGAGUACGCCGGCGUCCAGCAGCUACUGGGCUCUGUGGUGGAACAGCUGGUCGUGAGCCCGCAGCCCCGCAGGGCCGGCAACCAGGCCCGGGUGGCCGUGGUCCAACAGAGCGGCACCCGGGAUACCAAGGUAGGGUUUGGCCUCGGGACCUACCAGACCAGCGCCCUGAUGAGGAACCACCUGAUCCGGAACAUGACGCAGCAGGGCGGCUCGUCAGCACUGGGACGGGCGCUGGAGUUCACCCUGAAGGAGGUGCUCCUGAAGGCCGGCCAGCCCCGGAGGACGAAGGUGCUGCUGACCGUGGUGGGCACCCAGACGGCUCACGAGGACCGAGCCAAGCUGCGCUACAUCUCCCGGAAGGCCAAGUGUGAGGGGGCGGCGCUGUUCGUGGUGACGGUCGGUGAUCGCUACGACCGGACGCAGGUGGAGGAGCUGGCCAGUCCACCGGUUCAGCAGCACCUGAUCCACAUGGGCAGUCUGAAGGCUGAGGAGCAGGGCUACGCCCAGCGCUUCUUCAGAGUCUUCCUCUCCGCCCUCAACAAGGGAAUGAACACGUAUCCUCCUCCUCCUUUAAAAAGGACAUGUGACCAGCUGACAGAACCAAAUGAAGGAGAUAUAUUCAUAAACAGUCAGGGGAAGGCAGCGAAGGACGAGGAACAUUUCGGGGAGGAGAGGUUUCAAGAGCAGACGGGAGGACGAGCUCAGAUCGGCCAGCUGGACAUCACCGACAGUCUGACCAGAGGAGACGGACAGACAUUUGUUUCCCUGUCCAACGGUACCCCACACUCCAACCACACUCCAACCACACUCCAACCACACUCCAUCCACACUCCAACCACACUCCAACCACACUCCAACCACACUCCAACCACACUCCAACCACACUCCAUCCACAGUCCAUCCACAAUUCAACUCGACUUAAAACUAAUGUAA